AUGGCUUUAGUAUAUAGCUGCUGCUUUUGGUUUUCUUUGCGUUUAGGAGGUAUUUUAAUAGGAACAUUUUCUCUGUUUCAGGGACUUGUGUUAUUAGUAUUUUGUUGCUUAGGACAUAGACGGCCUGAAUUGGUCAAAGAUGAGAUUACUAACUGGAUUCAUGAUUACAACCUUAUUUAUGCUCAGAGUUAUUUAGAGGACGUACAAGCUGAUCCAAAUAAAUAUAUUUCACUUGGAAUUAGUUUCGCAAGCAUUUACAUGAUUGUGUGCGUUGUGUAUAUCUAUGGGGCAUAUACGUGUAACAACGUGUUAAUGGUAUUUUAUAUACUCAUGGAGUUGCUGCGACUUAUUAUAAUUUCGGUCUUAAUUGCAACUGUAUUGCUUCUGAUCAAACAAAAUACUAUGGACAUUGGUAUGCUGAUAGGAGCGAGCGUUGCUGGUGGAUUUUUACUUUUGGGGAUGUUUUACCUAUGGAUAUGUGCUGCCAAUUUACCUAUCGUCAUAAAUGAGAUGGAACGUGACGAGCAAGCUGCUGUUAUCAACAAACUGCAGCAACUCCUAGAAGCUAACAAUCCCAGAGCAAUACCGCGCGGUUUAGAUAGCAUCCCAUUCGCAGCGCCAUCUGAAGAUAUAGUCAACAGAAACAUAUUUAUUGUUCCUAGGCAAAGAGAAGUGAAGAUCAAUAACAAAAUUAUUGCAGGACCAAGGGUCACAAAAUCUUAUGUCAAUGAUUUCAAGUGA